UGCUGGGCGGAAGUGGGCGGAACGGAGAGGGAAAACAGCGCUCCUUUCCGGUGCAGGGGCACAGUUGAAGAAGCAACGAAGGAACGAGGAGUCGUUUGUAAGGAUGACACGCCACGGCAAGAACUGCACCGCGGGGGCCGUCUACACCUACCAUGAAAAGAAGAAGGACACAGCGGCCUCAGGCUACGGGACCCAGAACAUUCGACUGAGCCGGGAUGCCGUCAAGGAUUUUGACUGCUGCUGCCUCUCCCUGCAGCCCUGCCACGACCCCGUUGUCACCCCAGAUGGCUACCUGUAUGAGCGGGAGGCAAUCCUGGAAUACAUUUUGCACCAGAAGAAGGAGAUCGCCCGACAGAUGAAGGCCUACGAGAAGCAGCGGGGUGCGCGGCGGGAGGAGCAGAAAGAGUUGCAGCGGGCGGCGGCGCAGGACCAGGUGCGGGGCUUCCUGGAGAAGGAGGCGUCCAUCGUGAGCCGGCCCCUCAACCCCUUCACGCCCAAGGCCGCCACGGGCAACGGCCCAGAUGAUGCCCAACCCGGGCCCAGCGCGGGCCCCGCAGGAAAGGACAAGGACAAAGCGCUGCCCAGCUUCUGGAUCCCGUCGCUGACCCCCGAGGCCAAGGCCACCAAGCUGGAGAAGCCGUCGCGCACCGUGACCUGCCCCAUGUCGGGGAAGCCUCUGCGCAUGUCGGACCUGACGCCCGUGCGCUUCACGCCGCUCGACGGCUCCGUGGACCGCGUGGGGCUCAUCACGCGCAGCGAGCGCUACGUGUGCGCCGUGACCCGCGACAGCCUGAGCAACGCCACCCCGUGCGCCGUGCUGCGGCCCUCUGGGGCCGUGGUCACCCUCGAGUGUGUGGAGAAGCUCAUUCGGAAGGACAUGGUGGACCCAGUGAACGGGGAGAAGCUCACGGACCGCGACAUCAUCGUGCUGCAGCGGGGCGGCACCGGCUUCGCAGGCUCUGGAGUGAAGCUGCAGGCCGAGAAGUCGAGGCCCGUGAUGCAGGCCUGAGUGCGGACACCAAAUAAAGGGUCUGGGACACCACUGGCCGUGUGGCACCUUCCUUCACUGCCCUGGGGCUCCGGGGGACACGGCGGACGAGGAGCCUAGCUCUGCAGGCUGCACUCCGGGGUGCGAGUUAGAAAGGGUGGGCAAAGCAUAUUUGAUGAGGUCUCAGGUUAAGAGUAAAAUCCGAAUUGAACAGCAGUGCACGGCAUUAAAAUUGGUUCAGAGUGGCCCGAAGUCCAGGUUCGAGCCGCUAUCCUCUGAAGGCUACAUAGGAGGGCCCCGCAUCCUUCUGAGUUCUGCCGGCUUUGAAGGCCGAGAGAUGUCCUGGCGCCCCUCCCCGAGUUGAGGGUGAUCAGACCCCCAGAGGAAGUAGAGAGCUGUGAGAGCGAGCCCCUGGCACCCGUCUGGAAAAGGUGGCCAGGACCCCCCUCCCCCAGCGCCUCGUGGGGUGGGGCCAGUCUACAGAAGGUGGCCAGGAACCCCUCCCCCAGCGCUUCGUGGGGAGAGGAAGAGGAAACCGCAUGGGCGAAGGCGAUGCAGUGAGGAGCGGGCGGGUCUGAGGAGCAGAGUAAGGGAGGGGAGAGGGUGGGAGCGGAGGUCGGAGCCCACCGCACCUGGAGCUGAGGCCUGACCAGGAGGGCAGGGCGGCCCUUAAAGCUUGGUUUACCAUAACCACUGAGUCAUGAAAGCAGUCCCUGGGCAGUAUGGAACCCAGAGCCAAGCAAAGAUGAAAAAAAUAAAGACUUAACAUUCCUGCCUCCCUAAGCCAUACCCAGGUCCUGUCCUUCCAGGUCUUUCUCCGCGUGCGCGCUCCCGAGUUUUUUUCGACCAAAGUGAGAUCUCAGGGCGCGAGCUGCUCUGUUCCGUGAACCAUUUCUACCUUUUCAUUCCAGUCAAAGGUCUUAUCUCAUGCCCGGACGCGGUUCACAGGCCCAGGAAGUGUCCUUGACCGCUGUCUGGUGCAGGCCCUGGUGGUGCAUCUGGCUGCGGGGAGAGAUUAUAGCAGGAGGGCGGGUGGUGUCAUCUUGGCACCCUUGGGGAGCCCCCUAAACCCAGCGUUUGCUCCCUAGACACUGCUGGAACCUUCCCUUGGUCUCCAAGAGUCUCACACCCCACUCUUGGGCUCACAGUCCCUGGAAGCUGACCCAGUGGCUGCUGACAUUCAAGGAGCCCUUGACGGGCCUGUGUGGGCCUGUCAGUCUAGAAUCUGCUUGAACCCGUGCCGCACGCCCGCAGAGGGAAGCCUGUACCCAUGUCACAGAAGAGCCCACUGAGGCUGAGAAGACACAACUUGCCCUAAGUCACACUGCUCAAGGCCGUGGCAGAAGCCAGGUUCACCCAGAGGUCAGCCACCUCCGGAGACCCCUCACUCUGUCCCGCCCUUCCCCACCCCCACCCCCUGCCCAGGGGUUCCCACACUGUCGCCUCACAGACCUCUCCGCCUUAGCAAGCUCCCACUCCAUCCUUUUAGACCCACAAUGCUUCAGAUCAUCCCUCUUUCCCUAAACACCCCCAAUCGUCAUUCUCCCAAGAGGCGUCACCCACCCCUGUGUCUUCCAGUUUUCUCUCUCAGCCCCGAGGACCCCGGUCUUGUUCAUGGGUGCUGCAGACCACCCCCCCCCCCGAAUAAAAACUUCAAGGAUUUCCA